AUUCAACAGCAUAUAGUCAUUGUCGGUCUUCACAAACAAACCCUACAAAUUUGUCUCUAUGGCGUCGUUUGAGGAAGCGCCGCCUGGAAACAAGGCCGUCGGAGAGAAGAUUUUCAAGACCAAGUGCGCUCAGUGCCACACCGUCGAUAAAGGAGCUGGCCACAAACAAGGGCCUAAUCUGAAUGGUCUCUUCGGAAGGCAGUCUGGAACUACAGCUGGUUACUCCUACUCUGCUGCUAACAAGAACAUGGCUGUCAUUUGGGAAGACAAGACUCUCUAUGAUUACUUGUUGAAUCCCAAAAAGUAUAUCCCCGGCACUAAGAUGGUUUUCCCAGGAUUGAAGAAGCCUCAGGACCGUGCAGAUCUCAUUGCGUACCUCAAGGAGUCCACAGCUUAAGCGCCCAGCACUUUCCACACUUUUGUCAUUUUGCAGUUGAGAGCCACAAUUUACCUCUAUUGAGUUGCGUAAAAACACAAUACUCUCAAAUAAAUAAUUCUUUGGACUACUUUUUGUUAUCCCUAAGGCCCUAGUUUGAAGACCCUCCUGUAAGAGGUAAUAGUUUGUCAGAUGGAAAUAAAUCUGAGUAGAUUAUGUUUUAUGCCCAUCUAGCGUUAUUAAAGGUUCAAAACAAUGUUUGUUAGAACAUUCUUUUCAAUAGCAGCAUUUACUUUGCUCUGUAAA